AUGUACAAAUCACCAUUAACGUUGCUCACGCUUCUGUCUCUACUUUUCGGAUUCUUCAAUCUGGGCAGUGCUCUGUACGGAUCUUCGUCUCCUGUGGUUCAGCUCACUGCUACAAACUUCAAAUCCAAGGUUCUGAAUUCAAAUGGAGUCGUUUUGGUAGAGUUCUUUGCACCAUGGUGUGGUCACUGUAAAGCUCUAACACCAACAUGGGAGAAAGUGGCUAAUAUUCUGAAAGGUGUUGCUACAGUUGCAGCAAUUGAUGCAGACGCUCACCAGUCUGCUGCUCAGGAUUAUGGAAUUAAGGGCUUCCCAACCAUUAAGGUCUUUGUUCCUGGAAAACCUCCAGUUGAUUACAAUGGAGAACGAGAUGCCAAAUCCAUUGCUAACUUUGCUUAUAAGCAGAUUAAGGGUCUUGUGAGUGACCGUUUGGAAGGGAAAAGUAAACCAAAUGGAGGAGGAUCUAAUGGAAAGAAAUCUGAGGCUAGUGCGUCUACGGAACUUAACUCGGGCAAUUUUGAUGAGUUGGUCACUAAAAGCAAUGAUCUCUGGAUCGUUGAGUUUUUUGCACCUUGGUGUGGACACUGCAAAAAGCUUGCCCCGGAGUGGAAAAAGGCUGCUAAAAACUUGAAGGGGAAGGUGAAGUUAGGUCAUGUCAAUUGCGAUGUUGAGCAGUCGAUAAUGAGCAGAUUCAAAGUGCAAGGAUUCCCUACAAUUAUGGUAUUUGGGGCAGACAAAAGCAGCCCAUAUGCUUACGAGGGUGCUAGAUCUGCGUCAGCAAUAGAAUCUUUUGCCACAGAACUCGUGGAAUCUAGUGCUGGGCCUGUUGAAGUAACUGAACUAACUGAGCCGGAUGUCAUGGAAAAGAAGUGUGGUUCUGCUGCUAUUUGCUUCAUCUCUUUCUUACCGGACAUUCUCGACUCCAAGGCUGAAGGAAGGAAUAAGUACCUCGAGAUGUUGUUAUCAGUUGCAGAGAAAUUUAAGAAGCAUCCUUACAGUUUUGUGUGGGCGGCUGCUGUAACUCAGCCGGAUUUGGAGAAGCGGGUUAACGUGGGAGGAUACGGCUAUCCAGCAAUGGUGGCGAUGAAUGUGAAGAAAGGAGUAUAUGCUCCUCUUAAAAGCGCAUUUGAGCUUCAACACCUCUUAGAAUUUGUGAAGGAUGCUGGGGCCGGUGGAAGAGGAAACUUGCCUAUGAACGGAACACCAGGGAUCGUGAAGACGAAACCGUGGGACGGUAAAGACGGGGAAGUGAUCGAGGAAGAUGAAUUCUCACUUGACGAGCUCAUGGGAGGUGAUGAUGGUGUUAAUGUUGGUACCAAGGAUGAGCUGUGA